AUGGCGUCCACACCAUCGCCCUCUAAGCGGCCGCGCAUACCCACCUCCUCUGCGGUCGCCUCUGCAACCGCCUCUCCCUUCACCGCUUCGACUUCUCGACCUAGUGGUCCACGCUCCGUCGGGCCCUCGGGCACCUCGGCCAACCCUGCUCCCAUCAUCGGACUCGGUAUGAGCCCCAUGGACACCUACUCACCCGCUCCUGGCACCAGCGAUGCCUACGGAAUCUCCGGAUUCACACCCUACAGCACUACCUCCCCCGCCUACGCAGCUGGUGGCUUGGCUUCCGCAGCAUCACCCAUCAGCGCUGCUCUGGCACACGGAUCACGCGUCCUCUCCAACAUCCAAGCUUCCUCACCCUUCUUCCACAAUAAUGGCGCAACACCCAUGCUGCCACAACAUGGCUAUGCUCGUUAUCCACCCUUACAGUCCAAUCUUGCGAUCGCGCAACAAGGUGCAUCAACCUCUCAGCCAGGCACGACUAGACCACAACAGACAUCCCCGCAACAAGGCUCCCCCGAGUACCUAAGACUGGCACUGCAUCACCUGCAGACGACGUUGUUGGCGAAAUUGGAGAGCGAAGCAGAGGCGUUCUUCGAUGCAGCGGACUCAGCAUUAGCCUUGACGGCGGAUUCGAGGAUUGUGGCGGGCAAAGCGAGAGCGUUUCAAGGAGCGCUGGAUGGCGUGCUCGAGUACGUGGAGAAGAACGGACUGGCGAGUAUUCCUUUGCUCCCGCUACCCGAGGCUGAAUCGAAGAGCGCAGAGACGACAGGCGAAGACGAUCCACCAAAACAGUCGUUAGGUUCAGAUACAGCUGCCGUCGACACCAACAAGACAACAGAUCCAAAAGCAACUGCACCGGCAGAGCCAUCAGCAACAAAGACGGAAACAUCGACUGCAUCUGCCGCUCCGUCAUUACAGUCCCACAUCGACCGUCUGCAACUCCAAGCAAGACAGCUCUUCGACCAGCGUCAGAGACUCAAGGAAUCUGCCUCAAUCGUCGGUGCCAUUCUCGAUUCCUAA